UCUAUGUGAUUACGUCUUAUUAUUCUGUCUCUUCAUACUCACGAAGAUCUUAAUAUUAUAAUAAUAUCUUAGUAUUUUACUAUCUUAGUCCGUGGUCAUGACUCUUGAGACUAAUUCUAUUUCAACGAUUUAUUUAAGUUCGAAACUUUAAAUAUGAAAUAAUCCAAGCUUCAAGGUUGUACAAAAAGUAGGACAUAUCACUUAGGUACUUGGCAGUAACUAUAUAGUAGGUACAGCUUGGUUUAUAUCUGUGGGUACAGUUUAUUUUUUAUUGAUUAAUGGUUUUAAAUUUUUAAAUUGAAUAUUAUAUAUUCUUUACUUCUUCUUCUCCUGGCAUUAUUACUCUCUAAGAGUUUUGGCCGCCAUUACAAUAUCUGAACUAACUAUAUUAGUUGUUUUAUAUUAAUCGUCCACUAUUAUAGAAUAAUAAUAAGUCACUAAUGAAAACUUUUUAAUAUCGAUUUGAAACCGAUAGGUUGUUAAAUUAUGGCAGAUGUCGAAAGCAAUUUUUAUGGUUCUGUAAGAGUUGGCCAAAAAGUGAGUAUUGGGGCAUUCGAUGGGUUUGCUCGCUAUGUUGGUCCAAUCCCUGGAACAGAUUCUAUAUGGGUGGGAGUUGAAUGGGACAAUUCAAACAGAGGUAAACAUGAUGGAAUUCAUAACGGUAUCAGAUAUUUUAAAACUCUACAUCCUAACGGGGCAUCUUUUGUUCACUUAGAAAAAGUGAUGUCUCACAACGUUAGUUUUUUAAAUGCUUUUCAAAGUAAAUAUGGCCAAAAUUGUGGUAAUAAUAUUCAUCAGGAGAUAAUUGCAUUGAUGAAACAGUCUAAAAUGCCAUCAUUUGAACUAGUUGGAAUGCAAAAAAUUCAGAAAACACAAGCAUGUUUUGAUAAGUUAACUCAUGUAUGUCUAAGUCAUCACGGUAUAACAUGUGCAGGCAAUCCAAACGAAAUACAAGAUUGCUGUCCAAAUAUUGUGAAUUUAGAACUUUGUAAUAAUUGUUUUACUGAUUGGGGAACAGUAUCAGAAAUAGCUCAACAGUUAAAACAUUUGACAACUUUAAAUUUAAGCUUUAAUAAUAUAGAUUUACCACAAGAACCAAAUCAUCAAUUAAAGGAAUCUUUUAAAUGCUUGAAGAAAAUUGUUUUAGGUAAACUCAAUUAUAGCUGGCAUGAGAUCAUGUCUUUAUGUGAAGCAUUUCCAGUACUUGAAGUAUUAGAGGUCCCUGAUAACAAUAUAGAUAGACUUGAAACACAUUCAGUAGUCAUGGAGAAUCUUUUGUACUUAAACCUGGAAAAUAAUAAUUUAUCAUGGUCAGAAAUCAAUAAAUUGCGCUCUUUACCAAAAUUACAAACUUUAAAUGUCAAUCGAAAUGGAAUAAAAGACAUUCAAAUUGUACCGUCAUCGUUUACUUCACUUGAAUUUCUGAUGAUCAGUGAUAAUGACUUAUUACAUUUUGAAUCAUUAUGUGAGCUUAAUAAAUUACCAGCAUUAUGUUCUUUAAGAAUUCAAAAUAAUCCUCUAAUUAAGGGUAUGAGUGUAAGCAAUUACACCUUACAAAUAAUAGCAAGAAUUGCCAAUUUGAAGACGUUAAAUGGAACUAUGAUAACUCUUAAAGAACGACAAAAUAAUGAAAGAGAUUUCUUAAAGGAUUUGGACAUGAUAUGGCAUAGACAGUUAAAAAGUGCAGAAGAAAGAGCUGCAUUUUUGACUAAACAUCCACGAUAUAUGGAACUCAUUGCUAAAUAUGGUUCUGAUUACUCGGAAGACCUGAACACGUCAAACAAAAUAAAAACAAUAAAAAUUAGAAUUGUGAACUUUUGCAAAGAAACCAGUACAGAAAAGGAUGUAAUAAUAAAAACACUUCCAAUUACUAUGACACUUAAUCGUUUAAAAGAUCUUGGAAAACGUAUAUUUGGUCUAGGCAAUAAACAACUUGAAUUUUCUUACCUAAUAAAAGAGAAACCAGAUAUUGAAUAUACCAUGGAAAACAUGAAUCAAACAUUAGAUUAUUAUUCUGUUGAAGAUGGAAACACAGUAUUAAUUAAAUGGUAAAAAUAAUAAUGCAACCUUAAUUUUUAAUUGUUAAUCUAUUAAUUGUAUUUUUAAAUGUUUUAUUUUGUACUUUUAACAAUUUUAAGUUGUUUCAUCGUUUAUUAAAUAAAAAAAAAUUAUAUAUAUAAAA